AUGUUGGCCCCACGCCAAGUGCUCACUAGAGCCCUACUUUUCCGCCACAUCAGACAAUCAUCCACUGCUGCAGCUUUAGUUCAAGUGAAUAACGAACUGCCGCUCACUUAUCUUGAAGGUUUCCCAAAGCCUGAUGCGAAACAUGCAGAGACAAUUGUAGCAUUGCCACGUGCGCAGUCCGGGAAAAAUAUAUCUGCUAAAGAGCGUAAGGCUGGACGGGUACCGAGCAUCGUGUUUGAGCAAGAGGAUGGCCAGCAUGGCGGUAAUAAACGGCUCAUAUCUGUUCAGAAUAAUCAUAUCAAGAAGCUUGUAAAUCACCUUGGUCGUUCUUAUUUUCUGUCACGCCUUUUCGAUCUUGAGGUUCGGCCCGAUGUUGAAAGUGAGGAUAUUAUUGAAAAAGUCCGCGUUUUGCCUCGACUGCUUCAUCUCCAUGCUAGCACAGAUGCUGUGCUUAAUGUUACAUUCAUGAGAGCACCAUAUGGUGCUUUGUUGAAAGUUGAUGUUCCGCUCGUGUUUAUUGGAGAUGAUGUGUCACCUGGGUUGAAGAAAGGGUCUUAUUUAAACAUCAUCAAGAGAACGGUGAAGUUCAUAUGCCCUGCGGACAUAAUCCCGCCCUUUAUUGAGGUAGAUUUGAGCGAGUUAGAUGUGGGGCAGAAGCUGGUAAUGGGUGAUCUCAAAGUUCAUCCAGCUCUAAAACUUGUUUGGCCGAAAGACGAACCCGUUUGCAAGAUUUCAGGGGCAAGGGCUUCUGCUGAAUCCAGAAAGUCUAAAUAA